CCUUGGACACAUUUCCAUCGAUUUGAACAUCCGUCUCGGUCCUGCGUCAGAACCCGCUCUGUUUUAAGGUUUCCCCUCCUCUCUCUCUCUAAGCCAAUCAGUCUCUCUCUAGAAUUCUCAACUCUUUCACCGCCCCACAAGACGACGACAGGGCCAAAAGGUGAAAAAAGCAAAGAGAAAUGGGGAGUCUUCUUGGGGUAAUGAGGAGGGAGGGCCCCCUCAGUCUUCAUAUAUCGCUUUCUCAUCCUAUAAAUAGCAAAGCAGGAGCCACUUCCCACUCCCAGCCGGAAGUUACCUCAGACUUUUUGCUUCUUUUUCUCCUCUCCGCCUCCAUCGAUCACCGGUUUUUACAGGAAGAGGGAGAGAUGGGAAGAGGGAGAGUGGAGCUGAAGCGGAUCGAGAACAAGAUCAACCGCCAAGUAACCUUCGCCAAGCGCAGGAACGGCCUCCUAAAGAAGGCCUAUGAGCUCUCUGUCCUCUGCGAAGCAGAAGUCGCCCUCAUCAUCUUCUCCAACCGCGGAAAGCUUUAUGAGUUUUGCAGCAGCUCUAGUAUGUUGAAGACCCUAGAGAGAUACCAAAAGAACAAUUAUGGUGCACCAGAAACAAAUAUUAUAUCAAGAGAAACCCAGAGUAGUCAGCAGGAGUACUUGAAACUAAAAUCUCGGGUAGAAGCCUUACAAAGAUCCCAGAGGAAUCUACUGGGCGAGGACCUUGGUCCGCUUAAUAGCAAAGAACUGGAACAGCUGGAGCGGCAGCUGGACAAUUCACUUAAGCAGAUAAGAUCAACACGGACGCAGUUCAUGCUCGACCAGCUAGCUGACCUACAGCGAAGGGAGCAAAUGCUAUGUGAGGCCAAUAAAACGCUGAAAAGAAGGGUAAUUGAUGUUUUGGAGGAGAGCAACCAGGCAAACCCACAACAAAUCUGGGAUCCCAGCACUGCUCAUGCCAUGGGAUAUGAUCAACGGCAGCCUGUUCAGCCUCAUGGCGAAGCCUUCUACCACCCCUUGGAGUGCGAACCAACAUUGCAUAUCGGGUAUCACUCCGAUUUAUCGAUUGCACCAAUGGCUGCUCCAAAUGUGAAUAAUUACAUGCCACCUGGUUGGCUUGCAUGAGUAACUAGACCUCUUAUUGCUCGUAUAAUCCUAACAAAACCCCCCUUUUUUGUGUUUAUUGUUGACAUGCCUGUUCAAGAUUUCUAUUCUAUUUAAUGUUCUCAGGGUCAAUUAUAUGUAAAACUUAUCUAUAAAACUCCUGAUAAAGGAAGAUAUGAAAUAGAAGACAAUGUUUUAUAAUCAUACG